CCACGCAUAAUGCUCGGUGCCGCCUCCGCAUACCCCAGCCAUGCCCCCCCGGAUCCUUGCCUGCUUUUCUUCGUCCGACCCCGUUGUUUCUCUCCCCCCCUCGCAGGGCACGGAAAGUUGACCGUGUCCACCAUGAUUCAGCCAAGCAUCCAAGGUGCAGAGAAUUAUGAGGAACCUCGUCCGUGUCUUCCGGGGGCCACAAGUGAGAAGCAUGGCCGAGGUGGAGGCAAAGGUCGGGGACCUUUCGGGAGGCGCGUCUCCCCACGACCCUCGCUUCCUCCGCAUUUUCCAACGAGCUGGCUGGAGCGUCGCAGUCGCCCCAUGCUUGGUUUGUGCCCGCUCCAGAGUGCCAACCGGUAAACGCCCGGUCAUUUCCUCGGCGGCUUUCCUCUAUCGAAACCCCCCCCUGCUACCAUGCUCCCACCUUUUGCGACCAAGGCCACUCCCGGGGCCCCUUUUGUGAGCGGAGCCCCACGGCCAUCGCGUAGCCGAACCCCAUGGAGAAGAUCACAGGGAUCGAGCCGACAAGAUCGCGUGUGGGCUGGACAGCUGGGUGUAUCCCUGAGGUGGCCAUGUUGAUCCCAUGAUUUCGUCUCGUAUAUAGGGACCGGCCUGGCCGCAGGUUCCUGACAGCCUACAUCUUGGUGACACCUUCUCUUCACUGGCUCCCUUCCCUUCCCACCCAUCAGGACUCAGCAAGCCCACCCAUCCAGCAAGAAAGGAGCCAAGGAUAGUAGCACACACGCAAUAGCCAUGGGUGGCCAGGAGAGGUCGGUCGGGCACGAGCUCGCGCGGGUGUUGCCCAAGGAUGGCAAGAAGUGGUGGCAGAAGCCAGAACACCUGAAACUCAACAUCUGCCUUAUCCUGCUCAUGUUCCUGACGAGCUCCAAUGGCUUUGAUGGCAGCAUUAUGAACGGCCUGCUGGCGCUGCCGCAGUGGCGCACCUUCAUGUCGGAGCCGAAGGGUGCUUGGCUGGGCUUCAUCAACGCCAUCUACUCGCUGGGUGCCGCCAUCACCUUCCCCGUGGCGGCCAUGAUCAGCAACAAGUGGGGGCGCAAGCCCGGCAUCUGGGCCAGCGUCUUCGUCGCCUUUAUUGGCACCGCGGUGCAAGCAGCGGCGCCCAACGAGGGCACCUUCAUCGCCGGUCGCCUCCUGAUGGGUUUGUCGCAGGGCCUGUCCCUCGGCGGGCCGCUCCUCAUCGCCGAGGUCGCGUAUCCAACUGAGCGCGCCGUCAUCUCGAACUUGUACAACUGCGGCUGGUACGUCGGCGCCGUGAUCGCGGCCUGGGCCACCUUCGGCACGCGCAACCUCGAGACCUCGGCGGCCUGGCGGAUCCCCUCGGGGCUGAUGGCGUUGCUGCCCGCGCUGAUCAUCCCAUCCCUCUUAAUGCUCGAUGAGUCGCCGCGCUGGCUGGUGUCGGUUGGCCGGGUGGACGAGGCUCGACGCAACCUGGCAAGGUCGCACAUCGGCUCCGAGGCCGACGUGGACCAUCCGCUCAUCGUCUUCGAGAUGGCCGAGAUCGAGCAGACCAUCGCGGCCGAGCGCGAGGCCAAGGAGAAAACUUCUUGGAGCGACCUCUGGUCCACGCCCGGCAAUAGGCACAGGCUAUGGAUCUCCAUCUCCAUCGGCGUCUUCUCCCAGUUUGUGGGCAACGGCGUUGUUAGCUACUACCUGGCCCUUGUGCUCGAUUCGGUCGGUAUCAGAGGCGUUACCGAGCAGACGCUCAUCUCGGCCCUGAUGCAAGUCUGGAACCUGUUUUGGUCGUCGGGUGCCGCCUUCCUCAUCGACCGUAUCGGCCGCAGGCCCCUGUUCCUGGCCAGUGGUAUCAUCAUGUUGGUGUCAUACAUCAUCAUUACCGGUCUCUCGGGCAGCUUCGCCGAGACGAAACACACGCCUACCGGCCUUGCCGUCGUCCCGUUCCUGUUCGUCUACUUCCUCGGCUACGACAUUGCCCUCACGCCGCUCCUGGUGUCGUACCCAGUCGAGAUCUGGCCGUAUGCCCUGCGCGCGCGUGGUCUUUCGGUGACCUUGGUCACGGCACUCUUCGUGCUCUUCUUCAACACGUUUGUCAACCCCAUCGCACUCGAUGCCAUCUCGUGGAAGUACUACAUUGUCUUCGUCGCGGUGCUGGUGGCCUUUGUGCUCAGCGUGUACUUCACCUACCCGGAGACCCGAGGCCGCACGCUCGAGACCAUGGCGGAGCUGUUCGACGGCGACAGUGCGGCGGUCGCGCACAUCACGGCAGAGGACAUGCUGGUCAAGACCAAGGGCGACAACGCGCCUCCCACGUACCCAAAGAAGACUGGCGACGACAAUGGACUGGCACCGGUGACGGGCGCCUCGGCCGGCGGCGAGCACAUUGAGGAGGUUGCCCGGCUGUCCUCGUCGGAUGAGGAUCUGAGGAAGAAGCCGGGGAGCGAGAAGCAAUAAUCGAGGACAGGGUGGUGCAUGAGGUCAGAGCAGCUACCUUGGGUGCUGGGGAUGGGAGUAAAUAUGCAUUUGUCUUGAAAUCUAAUGUGAACAAGCCUCCUCAUCUGCGAGUUUCUUGGCAUCAUGG